UUUUCAUUCGAUACGACUUCAAAUAAGCAUAAUUUAAAUAAUUUGUUGUUCAUGGUCUAUUUUCAUACCAGGGAGAGAAAUUCUCGUCAGUUGUAACCUCGUAAUGGAAUUAGGUUCGUUAAAUAUCCUUUGGAUUGUUCUUGGAGUUUGUGGAGCGUUGAUAAUCAUUGCAAUCGUAAUGACGAUCCUACUUUGUUGGAAAGUCAAGUAAGAGUUCUUUCCGCUUAAUUAUAGGAAGCCAUUUGAGUGUUCUAUUUUCGACACAUCAGAAAAGACUAGAAAUUAUCUCCCUGCACUUAAUACUCAAGUUUUAGUACGUAAUCAAAAAAGCCAGAUAGAUGCAAAGUCAGUGCCGUGUUUUGCACGCAGUUAUGAAGAAAACCAUUUGGGUGCACUAUCUAAGAUGUUCUUACAGGAAAUCGAACAACAAAGACAUCAACCAUCAGCAAAAACUCUCUGCAGCCAUCGUAGAUAACUUCCAGAACCUUGAAGAAUUCAACUGGCCAUAUUCCAGGCAAAUAAGAGCACAAGUUUUCCCAUGGCAGGAAAUAAAUUCACCAUGGUCUCAUGCAGUGCAAAAUGGGCCGGUAUAUGACGCAGGUGCUACAAUGAACCGCCCGUGGAUCGUAGGGAAGCGAAUGAAUCCUAUCUAUGAUGGUAACGAUAGUAACAGAACUACUCUUCAGUCUAUUUAUCGUUGCGAGGAAAGAACAUGGAACGCGAUUGGAGAUUUUUGUCCCGUAGAGCAAAAUACAAAUGAAGACAGCUUGACGUAUGCAAAAGAUAACAUGAAUAGAAGAGUAGGGCUAGAAAAUGGCGUUCUUCAAUACGGCGAGCGCUUGGACCAAACAAACCCAUCCAGAAUCAACGAACGUCCAUCAAUCAUUUCUACUAGUGAUAUCAUGGAAUUCCGACGUGAUCGAACGGACACCGAACUUACUGACCCGACUGAAGAUCCUCUACUCAGAGUCAAAAUGAACAAGAAGAGGCCCUCGCUUGUCGUUAACGAGGUGGAAAGACAGAAAAAAUCAAGAACGGGGGAUUUUUAUGCAAGAAAUCAAAAAAAGUUGAAGAACUACGAAAAGAAUAUUAAGAAAGCAGGAGUCGAGGAGACGGUGGUUUUCGAAUAUUGAGCACAAAUUCAACUGCGAUGUGGUAUCAUAAUCAAUAUUUUCAAUUGAUGGUUUUCACGGCGGCCAUGUUGGAGGAACUUAACAAAAGAAUUGCCAAUGAAUUCUUUUGUUAUAUCCUCCAACAUGGCCGCCGUGUCUUUUGUUAUUUAAUUCUCUUGGGAAUGGUUGAAAACCAUCAAUUUGGUAUAUUUGUAUUUGGUAUAUUUGUACAUCUCAGUUUUUUWAAUUUUCUCUAAUUGGCUAACAUUUUCUCUCAGAUCAGCUGCUGCCUGACGCUGCACGCUUAUGCAACCACUAGAAAAAUGAGAGUAAACGAAAUGCGAGAAUUAUUGAAAAGAACAUCUUAUUGUUGUAUGCUUUCCGUGAUUUAUCUACAAAAAAAUACAUGUUCUCAUAUCAGUUUAAUAGUCCCCUUCACAGUU